AUGGGACUAGUGUUGCAAAACAUAAAGGCUCCUUCGUCUGGAAGAGUAUUCAAAAGGGAUGAGAAUUAUGCUCAAAGGUGUCUUCAUGAUAGGAUACCAUGCAGGAAAUACCUCUCACAAAUUGGGCUAAAUAUUGAUCCCAUCUGCCCUAUUUGUAAAUGCCAAAAAGAAGAAUCCAUAAUAAAUAUUAUUCUAGAAUUCAAAGCCGUCAAUUACUUCUGGGAUAGUCUUGGGUGGAAAAAUUACUAUAAUGAAAAGGAAAAGCAUUGGCUCCUACAAGUAAAAGACUUUAGCUAUUCUCUUAAUAACAAGUAUAUCGAUUGGAAUUCCUUCUUCCCAUUUGACAUCUGGAAUAUAUGGCUUAAUAGAAAUAACAACAAUCAAAACAAUACUGUCAACCCUAUUAAUGAUGCUCAAAUUACUCAAAGGGCUUCUGAAUUCAAGCUUCUCACAGAAAAGAGCAUCAAAACCCCACAAAAAAUUCUCAUUAAAAUAAAGUGGUACAAGCCACCAAGAGGCUGGUUUAAGCUAAACAUAGAUGGCAGUUUCAACAACCAUAACCAGAAAUGUGGCCUUAGAGGCAUUUUCAGAAAUACCAACGGGAAAUGGGUGGUUGGAUUUGCAAAAUCCACCCAUGCAAAUGGAUCAUUAGAAGCAGAAAUGAAGGCACUGAAAGAAGAACUUAAAACAACAAAAGAAUGGAGUUUAUUCCCUCUUGAAAUUGAGACAGACUCCAUGGAGGUGGUUCAUGCACCAGCAGAAGGUAAUCCUCCAGCACAUCUUCAGGCAAGGGAAUAG